UAUGCGUAUACCCAACUAUCAAUUGAAGUAGAAAAUGUAAAUUUGGAAGAAACGAAGUAAAGGACCGAAAUGGAAAAAGAUGGAAAGAGAGUGGUGAUCCUAGGAGGUGGCGUUGCGGGAUCCGUCGUGGCUAAAUCUCUUCAAUUCCAUGCCCAUGUCACACUCGUUGAUCCGAAGGAAUAUUUUGAGAUUACAUGGGCAAGUUUGAGGUGUAUGGUUGAGCCAUCUUUUGCAGAGAGAUCACUGAUCAAUCACAGAGAUUACUUAACCAAUGGCGACAUCAUUACGUCCAAUGCCGUCAAUGUUACAGAAACUGAAGUUUUGACUGCAGAUGGCCAUCGAAUUGGCUAUGACUAUCUUGUUAUUGCCACUGGUCAUGCAGAUCCUCUCCCCAAAAGUAGGAGGGAAAGACUUAAUCAGUUCAAAGAAGACAAUCAAGAGAUAAAAUCUGCUCAGUCCAUUCUGAUUAUUGGAGGAGGUCCCACUGGUGUGGAACUUGCUGGAGAGAUAGCUGUUGAUUUUCCGGAUAAGAAGCUUACACUAGUGCACAAAGGAGCAAGGCUUCUGGAAUUCGUAGGGGCAAAAGCCGGGGAUAAGACUCUAAAUUGGUUGAAAUCAAAGAAUGUUGUGGUGAAGCUAGAGCAAUCAGUUGACAUGAACGCAUUCACAGAUGGACAGAAGAUAUAUCAAACUUCAAAUGGAGAGACCAUUGAGGCAGAUUGUCAUUUCUUAUGUAUAGGGAAACCACUUGCUUCAGCAUGGCUUAAGGAAACUGUGUUGAAGAAUGACUUGGAUGGUCAAGGUAGGAUCAAGGUAGAUGAAAGAUUGAGGGUCAAGGGCCGGAACAACAUUUUUGCAAUUGGAGAUAUUACAGACAUUCCAGAAAUCAAGCAAGGGUUUUUGGCACAGCAGCAGGCUGAAGUGGUUGUGAAGAACUUGAAGGUGACAAUAGAGGGAGGAAGAGAAUGUAGGAUGGAAACUUACAAGCCACAUUCAGCAAUAGCAAUAGUUUCACUCGGGAGGAAAGAUGCUGUAGCACAGUUACCAUUCUUGACAAUCAGUGGAAGAAUUCCAGGAUUCAUCAAGUCUGGAGAUUUGUUUGUUGGUAAAACAAGAAAACAAAUGGGACUCAAUCCUGUACAAGCUUGACUGGAUAUCGUGCACAGAGUGUAUAUAAAUUACAAAACCGAUCUGUUUCAUUGUUUGUGUGGUAUAUUGGUGUGUUUUCAAUUGGUUUUUUAAAGAAUGCAUCUGUACCAUAUAUAAAAUAUCUUUAUGCUUAAGUGGUGUUUCUUGAAAUCAUGAAAUGUAACCGAGUCAGAAGCAGGAUGCUGAUGUUACCAUGGAAUCAUUGUAUCAUUGACAUAUGUGGUUUUGAUCAAAUUGAUUGGAUGCUUCGUUGGUUUGUCUGCAGAGUGUUUGAUAUACUAUAUGAAGUUUUCUUUUCUGCA